CAGGAAGAGACGAGAGGAGGGGCGAGAGAGAAGUGUGGCCGGCGUUCAGCGCAUAUAGGUAGUCGUGAGAAGAGUCAGUCGGUGACGGGUUGUGUCUUUAGUGGCGUGGUGAACGAUUGAGUCGAGCCGCUUGUGUUAAAAAAUGAGCUGGCAGGAUUACGUUGACAAGCAGCUGGUCGCGUCUAGGUGUGUUACCAAAGCUGCGAUUGCGGGGCAUGAUGGCAAUCUUUGGGCAAAGUCUGAAGGCUUCGAAGUAAGUAAAGAGGAGUUGACAAAAUUGGUCCAGGGAUUCGAAGAGCAGGACAUUCUGACGUCGUCGGGUGUCACCUUGGCCGGCAACAGGUACAUUUACCUGUCAGGUACGGAUCGAGUGAUAAGGGCAAAACUUGGCAAAGUCGGCGUCCACUGCAUGAAGACGAUGCAAACGGUAGUUGUCUCUCUUUACGAAGACCCUAUACAGCCACAGCAAGCCGCAUCGGUCGUUGAAAAACUCGGGGACUACCUUGUGUCCUGCGGCUAUUAGGUUGGUAUAUACUAACCUCUGGGACCCAACAUAAAUAUCUAAUAUUAAUAUUAAACGAUACGAUCGAUUAUUUUAAUGAACAGCGAAUGGAAUGCGUCAUGCCGCACGAGUCGCGCCGGAACUGCCGCAAGCUUGCCGCGCGACAUUCGAUGAAAAGCAACUACAUCAGCAACAACACCAGCAACACAGCUAUCAUAUUCCAGUCGUCGUUCUCUCCUCUUCGAUUCGGCCGGUCGACGUUCGGGGAACAGGCAUACGCGCUCUCACGUGCGCGCAAUAACUUCCGAAAAAACUCAUAGGCAUUUACUUUGGAAAAUGAUCGCGCAAAUUGUAAUCGAC